UCCAGAGGCCCCACUGCCUGGGCCCGGCUCUGAGGGCCCGGCUCGGCUGGCUUCUGCCAGCUGCCCCGUUCGGCUUGGGGCCCGGCGUCUACGCACUCAGCAGCUCUGCUGCUGCCAAGAUGCCGUCGCCGCAGAGUGUGACCUCUGGCCCGGAGCUGCACAGCCCCAAGGAGCCUACGGAGCCGCAGAUCCCAGCUCGGGGUGCUCAGUGGGCAAGCAGCGGGGAUGCGCCCAGCACCCACCGUGAGGGCUCGAGACCUGGGCUGGGCACCCUUCGGCGGGCCUUCUCACGGGCGAGCCAGCGGGCCUCAGGCCGGGCCCCAGAGGAGGACCCAGGCCUGCUCAGGCGCAGCUCCCGCUUCCUACUGCGGACUUUACGGCGUGCCCCAGGCCAUGGCCCAGUUGCUGACCAGUCCCGGGCCACCAUGGUGGCGUCGGGGGCCACCCACAGCCAGGAGGUGCCCUCAAGGGCCAUGGAUGGUGCCAGCCAGCAGUCGUCCACUGGGGUGGGGCCUGAGGAACUGGAAGGCAAAUCGGUGGCCGACCUCAUCACCGAGCGGCACCUGCUGGUGGCCUUCGAACAGCUGCGGCACCUGGAGAUGGGGCUAGUGGCCGAGAAAGCCUCGCGCACCUUCCAGGAGGACCCCACGGGCUUCGCGCGGCGCGCUAUGGACGUGUGCUUGCACUACGACGGACUGGCUGCGGAGAUCGGCGCCAUCGUGCGGGAGACCCUGGGCCCGGACGGCGUGGACGUGGCCGCGCUAGCGGAGCUGGCCCGCGUGGUGCGCGCGGAAGAGGAGGCCCACCCGGAGCCCCCGACAGACGGCGACUUUCUAAGCACGCCGCGCCACUGGCGCCAGCACUGGGAGGACGCGGUGCGGGAGAGCGCGCGGGAGCGCGUGCAGCAGGCGGGCGUGGGGGAGGCCCUGGGGGCAGCAGCCGAGGGUGCAUCCGGCUUGGCCCAAAUUCUGGCGCAGCUUGGCAGCUUGGUUCGCCGAGAUCUGCAGAAGGUGCGGCUGGAGGUGCACCCCGCUUAUGCGGCGGCCGGCUUCCCCGCCUGGGAGGCCUACCUGCGCGCCUUUCAUGGCGCGGUGGCCCAGCGCCUCCAGGAGCUUGCGCAUGACGCCCACGGCUGCGAGCAGCUCUACGUGCUGCUGGACUGGGCCGCCAAUAUCUACAGCAGUCCUGAUUUCCUGGGCGCCCCGGACUUGGCUCUGCCCUCGGAGCCGUUGCCCCCGCUCCUAGCACCUGAUGUGUGGGCCCGACUGGAGAGCGACUACACCAGCUUCCUGGAGACCAAGAUCGCAAGCUGCUUCGAUGGCAUCCUGCAGCUAGAGCAGAGUCGCUGGGCAGCUGCCGAGGUCCCCGAUGUGCUGCAGGGCCGCUACCAUUCCCCGCUGUCCAUGGACGUCCUUAUGCUGGUGGCGGAGCACGUGAAGGCUGCCGGUGCCAUCUCCGCGGAGCUGGAGGCCACCACCCUGCGGAUCUGCGCGCGGGCGCUUGGCCUCUUCCUGCCCAGGUUUGAAAAGGCUUUUCUGGAGUCGGAGGCGGUAAGCGAGCCUCACCUGGGCGCCAACAUCAAUGCCUGCGAAGAACUCAGGACCAAUCUUCUGGCCAAGUUCCCCGGAAGCUUUGAAGAACUGGAGAAGCCCCUGGUGGCUGCCAUUUGCGUCUUUCAGAAGCGGCUGCUCCAGGACUUGCAGAGGGAUCUUCAGCCGCUCUUCAGGGUCCUGUGCACCAAGGACUGGCUGACACAGGAUGUGCUCCUGCCCCUCAUGGACAAGGUGCUGACCUUCGCCCGCCACCUUGAGCACGUAGCUCCGUCCCAGGCACAGGAAACUCUGCAGGAGGUGCACCGAUUUGUGGUUCGUGAGUACCUGGCACAGGCACUGAAGCCGCAGGAGCGGUUCCGGGGUCUGGAUCGGGUGGCUGGCUCCCAGAAAAUGGGCCUCGAGGCGCAGGCCAUUGGCAACACCUUCCAGGGCUUGGGCUCUGAGGCCACGUGGCUGGGCCAAGCUAUCCCGUGCGUGGCUGACAUACUGGGAGAGACUUACAAAGACGAUAUCCAGCGGCACCUGGAGACACUCAUCGCGAGCUACCCCGACAUCAGGCGGGACCAUGUGCUGGCCAUUCUAGCACUGCGCCGACUGGGCCGCCGUCGGAACCAGCGCCUCUUGCAGCAUGCCCAGGCCCUGCUGAGGGCUGUGGCCAAGGCAGGGGGCUCCAGGGCUGCUGGGGGCCACGUGCUCUUCGAGGAGAUUGAGGUGCCCACCUCCAUUGAUGUGCUGAUCACCUGCCUUUAGUGGUCCUGGGCCUGAGAGGGGGCCGACACCUUAGAGAGGGCUGUGGUGGUUGGAGGGUCAGCCGCCUUCCCCCAGGCACUGAGCCUCCAGCGAGGAGCCCAGGGAAGCACUCUCAGCCCUGCCCCCAGCCCUAAAGCCUGUGUCAUGGAACUUCCGUCCUCAGCCAUGCAUGGCUGCUUGGCCAGAGGAACAGCAACAAGAGAGGCAUUCCAGGCAUUUGUGGGGAGUGUCUGGGGGGCGGAAUUCCCCUUCAACACUGCCCACUGGGGAAGGCCUCUCUGCCUAACUGUCCAGCACCACCCCAAUCUGAAAGUGAAGAACAGAAUACUUAUUUUUAAAAUAAACAUGAAU